UGUACUUACGCAUACAUAUGCUCUCCGUUUAAGUCGCGAAAUUGUGAUAAGAAACAAAUAAGUCCACAUUCAUAUACACAUGCGCAUUUAUGUGUUAAUGUAUGCAUGUGUUUGACUCGGAAUGGCCACAGCGAAGCCAGUGCUCUGCGUGGGCUGCACGGUAAUUGACUUUGUCACAAUCAACGAAAGCUUUCCCAAGGAGGACACUGAUCGACGAUGCCGCGACGGAUUUUGGCAGCGUGGUGGGAAUGCCUCUAAUGUUAGCACCGUGCUGCGGCUACUGGGCGCCGAUGUCGAGUUCUUUGGCAUGCUUAGCCAAUCUGACGGGUUCCGUGUGCUGCUACAGGAUUUGGAACGGCGUGGCAUUGAUGUGCAGCACUGUCCCACGACGGAUAAAGAUCCGCCCUUCUCAUCGGUAAUAAUUGUCCAGGGCACGGGUUCGCGCACAAUUGUCCACUGCAAUAAGAACUAUCCUUAUGUGACGUGGGAGGACUUCAGCAAAAUCGAUCUCAAUCGCUAUGGCUGGGUACAUUUUGAGGCUCGCAACGCCAAUGAAACAAUCAAAAUGAUAAGAUCCGUGCAGGAGCACAACAGAACUCAUAACGAGCACAUUACCAUUUCAUUAGAUUUUGAGACAUUGUAUGAGCAGAACCUUCCAAUGUGCGCGCUUUGUGACUAUGUUGUGUUCUCCAAAGAGCUCGCCAACCAGCAGGGCUGGAGAACUGCCCAGGAAACGUGCAAAGAGCUGGCACGCCGCUUGGAAUCGAAGAGUCCAUGUAUAAUUUGCCCGUGGGGCAGCACUGGUGCUGCUUGUCUGGAUGCCGCCUCAAAUGGGUGCUCCAUGGUGGCGGCCUAUUCGCCCGACCGUAUCGUGGAUACGCUCGGUGCCGGUGACAGCUUCAUGGCCGGAUUCAUAUACGCCACAUCUGUGAUGCAGAAUAACCUGAAGGAUGCUGUGAGUUUCGCUAACCGGGUGGCCGGGCAUAAGAUCACCGACUAUGGAUACGAUCACAUUGCAGAGCUCCAAAAGUAUGACAAGCUUAGAACUGGGUGAACAUAUAGCAACGCGACAGAGUCGUAUAUUAAUUAAUUUUAAACAAAAAUAAAAUAAAGUUAUUAAAUAUG